CCACCUCCACCUCCACCUCCACCACCACCACCACCACCGCCGCCGCCACGUCAUCAUCAUCCUCCUUCCCCUCCGACGACCUGGAACUUCUGUCGAUCAAGCCGACCUCCCACAGCUACACCUCGCUCCGGGACCUGCUGCCGGCGGCCGCGGUCAACUCCCCCAAGCCCGGCCCGGCCCUCAUGACCCCGCCCGGAUCUGACAUCUGCAUCCGGAACCGCCUCGUCAAGCAGGCCGCGUGGGCCUACCUCCAGCCGAUGUCCACCUCCCCCGGAUCCUCCGGCGGCGGGUUCCUUCGCCGCCUGUGGCCACGCGCCGCCGCGUUCGUCGAUUUCGUCCGACGCAGCAUCGCCCGCGCCGUGGGCUGGGCGCUCCGGGUUUUCUCGAUCCGGAGCUCCAGAUAGCGAAAACCGGGUCCGAUCAUGCGCUUCGCGUGGUUGCUCUGUAUUGAUUGGUUAUUAAUUUGUAUCUGAUUUCGAUUUUCGUGUUGGUGUGAAUCGGAGUGGCCAAAUUGCGAUUUACCUAAAGGAGGGUUCAAAUUGAAAAGUUAAAAGGAAGUAAAAGGAAUAUGAAAUUUCACUUACGUGUGUCAUUUAACCCUUUUUAUUUUAUACACCUUUCUUUUGGAAUCCAUCAUAACGCUCAUUUCAUCCUCAUAGUCGCAUUAAAAAUUUUAAACAUAUGAAAAAAGAUUAAUUAGGAAUUUAUGAUUCGAUACAGAGUUGUUGAACUGAAAUUAAGUGCUUUGGAAUUUCGGAAAUAAAUUCUAUUGUAUUGUCUUGAUACGAUCGUCCAACAUAACUUUUUGGGUAGAUAUACUUAUUGUUACAUAAAUCGUCCAUCAUAUUAUUUGAAUAAAAAUAUAUAUUUAUAAUAUUAAAUGUGAUGUUCUAAGGUCUCAUUGUCCCAAUAUUCUCCCAGUAAUCCACAACAAAAUCUGUCCAUAAAAUCAUCUUCAAACACAUGUCUCAUUAAAAUAGAUUCACUGUUAAGUUAUAACUUGAACUUAUUAAUGAUUUAGUAGAUAAAAAUAAUUUUUUAUUAAAAUACUUUCAUAAACUAAAAUUGAUUCAACUUUCAAAUCAACUAUACUUUAUAAACUAAAAUUGAUUUUUCCAAGUUACUACUCCAGACAAAAUAUCUAUCGACACGAAAAUGGCACAUGCAUUUGGCAGGAAAACACUGCAAAAGCACCAGUUAUGCAGUUAUGCUACUGAAAAUAUUUUCCUCCAUUUCACGAACUCAGCGUACCAACAUCUACAGCUUCAGGAGAUCUUUUCCGGCAAGGCGCGUAAAAUCGCAGAUGGGCGUUGAAAGCUUGAGCUUGAUUCGGAAAACUAAGCGCGCGAGUUUCCGGCUAAUCAAUGUUUUUGGAUUUGAAACGGAUUUAAUGGAGAUUCCCAGCCAAGACCCGAAAUGUCAUGUCCUUUUUAUCCCUGGAAAUCCGGGUGUUAUCUCGUUCUACAUUGAUUUCUUGGAGUCUUUGUAUGAGUUGUUGGGAGGGUCUGCUUCUGUCACUGCCAUAGGCCACAUAUCCCACUCUGAGAAGGACUGGGGAUCUGGGAGGUUGUUCUCUUUACAAGAACAAAUAAGUCAUAAGAUAAGCUUCAUAGAGCAGGAAUUUGGAGAUGAAUUACCUAUAGUGCUGGUAAGCAUUGACCACAUUAGAAGUCUCACCAUUUUUCAAUGACCAGUAAUGCUUCACCAGUUACAUAUAUUUAAUCACAAAUUGGUUUUUUCACCACUUCUGUUAUCUUCGCUUACAUUUUGUGUCAUCAUAGGUAUUUUUCUUGAUGUCUAUAUUGUUGAUGAAUAUUUGACACUGUAGUAUUGGCCUUCAAACAUUGGGCCUGCCACAAGGGCAAGUGAUCGAUCUGGAAACAGAAAAUUAAAGGACAUAAAAGAUACAACAAUGCAUGGCAUUUUAUUUAAAUGUUUAAACGUGUAGUUUGAGAGAAAAAUGUUAACUAUUCAGUUUACCGUGAUGAAUGCUUCUAUUGCAGCUGGUCGAAUAUGCAACAACUGAUGUGGUUAGUUUUAUUUCAGUUUCCUGAAAAAUAACUUCGUGAAACUUGUCAAAGCACAUUCAAUUUUUAUUUUUUUCUCUUUAUUUAUAUAAUUUUGUUACUGUAAUUCUGAAAUGUUACAGACUCUGUUUUUAAGUAUGUAAAAUAUUUUUUUGUAUUAUGGUUUGAUACUUAAUCCACACUGAAGGUCGGCCAUUCCAUUGGUUCAUAUAUCUCUCUUGAAAUACUAAGAAGAUGUCAUGAGAAGGUCAUAUACUGCAUUGGCCUAUACCCAUUUUUGGCUCUCAACGAUAAAUCCUCGGCACAGUCAUCAAUUAAAAAAAUUGCAGCGCUGCCAACUAUAUGUGCUGUACUUAGCUUUAUGGGAGGCUUGUUAGGUAUGCUCCCGUCUCGUAUUUCAAGAUUCCUUGUGAAAAUAUCGAUGGGGAAAUCAUGGUCAUCUUCUUCAAUCAAUGUUCUAUGCACCCAUGUUCUCCAGGUCGAGUUUCAUUAGUGCCUUUUUUUUUUAUUUAAUUUAUUUGUUUCUGCAUGGUUGGGAUUGGAGAUCAGGCAAUUUUGCCAGCCUGUGCUUUUUCAUAUGAAAUGAUUAUAACAUAUCAUGAAAAUUUGAAUAAAUUGCUCCCUCCCGUUCACAAUAAUAUAAUUUGGCCCGAGGAAAAGUUGUCCAAGAUAAAGAGUGACUUUAAGUAAAAAUGUUUUACUUACCUAUGAAAUGCAUCUAUAAUGUACAUAAUAUUCCAAAUUAACCUCCAUAUGCAGCAUUUUGCUACUUUUCCUUACUCGUUGUUUACCUUACGACGCCUUUGUUAUGAUUUUUUGAGCAAGUGAUAAACGAAUUUAAAAACCUAUAAUCUCUUACUUUUUCACAUUUCUUAGCCGCUAAUCGCUGUUUUUCACCCUAAAUGGUUUAUCUAUACAAUUCUGUAUCUGAUUCAUUUGACUUGCUCCAUGAUCACAAAACUUUCUACUCACAGUAUCAUACAAUCCAGAAUAUGCUGUAUAUGGCAAUGACCGAAUUCCAGGAGUUGCCAGAAAAACCGGAUUUGGAUUUCAUCCGAGAAAAUAAGAGCCAAAUCGCACUUUUGUUCGGUCAAGAUGAUCACUGGGGUCCCUUGCAUUUAUACCAAGAGAUUUGCACACAGGUCCCUGAUAUUAGCAUAGAGGUCGAACGUGAAGGCCACACGCAUGCUUUCUCGUGUACGGAGGCCGGGUCAUUAUGGGCUGCUCAGCACGUUUCGAGCUUGAUCAAAAGUAACAUCGAAACUCGAAAAAACAUUUGAUACAUUCUCAAGUGUUUUCUUUGGUCAUAAUGACAUUAUGACUUCAUGGAAAACCAAAGCCACACACCAAAUUUGUGAUCCAGGUAAUUUAACAGUAAUUUGGGAGGGGACUUGACUUUUUCUGUACAGUUUGUGGGGACUUUUAACUUGAAAGCUGUGUUAGGUUUUGUUGGUCUUCACCGACAAUGGCUAAAGCUCCCCUAAUUCCUAAUUAAGCCAUUGUUUUAUGCCUUGGAUUCGAGUUGACUGAAAAAAAUGGUGUGGUAAAUAUUUAUAAUGAGAUAUAAUAUUAUUAUAUUUUUGAGAUUUACC